AUGGCGUUAAAUGACAACCAGAGACAUCAAAUUGUAUUGCCGGAUAAUUGUCUUUACACAAAAUUAUUAUUCCGUAAAGAACACAUGGAUUUGAUGCACAGUGGACCUCAAGCCUUGGUGGCCUCUAUUAGGCAGCGCUACUGGCCUUUAAAAACGCGAAGUUUGGCUCGUACUAUAGUACACAAUUGCGUUAAAUGUUUUAAAUUGAAACCUCAAAUAGUACAACCGAUCAUGGGGAGUCUGCCUGGUUCACGGGUACAGAGUGGAAGAGCAUUUGUCAUAUGUGGUGUAGAUUUUGCGGGUCCAGUCAUGAUAAGAACGAGCUUGCGUCGUAAGGCACCAUGUAACAAAGGAUACAUCAGCAUAUUUGUAUGUUUCGCGACAAAGGCGAUACAUAUCGAACUCGUGAGUGAUUUGUCAACGAAAACAUUUUUACAGGCGUUGAACAGAUUUUUUGAUCGACGUGGCAAAAGUUCAAUAAUUUACAGUGAUAACGCCCGAAAUUUUGUGGGCAUGCGUCGGCAUUUAAAGGAGGUGUACGCACUUUUCCAGUCCCCAGAACAUCAGCGAUCCGUUUUCUCUCAUCUAGCCGACAAAGGAAUUGAAUGGCGAUUUAUACCACCCCGUGCACCACAUUUCGGUGGACUUUGGGAGGCUGCGGUCAAAAGUAUGAAAAGUUUGUUAUAUCGCGUUUUAGGAGAAGCUCGGCUCACGUACGAAGAAUUAUUAACUGUACUAACGAGAGUGGAAGCUGUACUUAACUCGCGACCAAUAACUCCAGUAUCCUCUGAUCCGGCUGAUCUAACCUAUCUCACAACAGGUCUUUUUUUAUUGGCGAUAUAA